AUGUUCUUACCGGAAAUUUGCCGUAGAGGUGAUUCGCCAGGAGUGGAUGCAACAGUUUUUACUUUUCAAAAUAGAUGUAGGGACACAAUAUGGCCUGGGGUCCUAACAGGAGCAGGAAUACCUCAAAUCAUUGAUGAUGGGAUUGAGAUAAAACCUGGAAAGGCCAUAAACAUCACUGCACCAAAAGGGUGGUCUGGCCGCUUCUGGGGGCGGCAUGGAUGCACCUUUGAUAGCUCUGGCAGUGGAACAUGCAUCACAGGAGACUGUGGAGGCAAGCUUAAAUGUGGUGGUGUUGGUGGUGCGCCACCAGCUUCACUAGCAGAGUUUACACUAGACAGCCAGGAAGGGGAUUUUUAUGAUGUUAGCCUUGUUGAUGGUUACAACUUGCCAAUGUCAAUCUUUCCCACUGGGGGAUCCGGGCAGUGUAAGACUGUUACAUGCCGGUCGGAUUUGAACAGAAACUGCCCCAGUGGGUUGGAGAUGAGGAACCAAAGCCACAUUGUUGGUUGUAAGAGUGCAUGUAUGGUUUUCAACAAGCCGGAAUAUUGUUGCACUGGCAACUUCAAUAGCCCACAGAAAUGCCAGCCAACAAGUUAUUCAAAGGUGUUCAAGGCUUCUUGUCCUCAGGCUUAUAGCUAUGCCUAUGAUGAUGCAACCAGCACAUUCACUUGCCAAGGAGCAGAUUACUUAAUUAGGUUUUGUUAGAUAGGACAUAGAGGAAUAGACAUUGUAUUUACUCUCUGUGUGUUUAUUUUCUUGAUUAUACAUGUUUAGCAGAUUUUCUAAAGAAAUGUCAUGUUAAAUAUACAGGAGUUUAUUUAAGAUUUCCUCACCAUUGAAUAUUUAACAAAUGAUUGAGAUUAAAUUAUGAAUGAUAAAUUUAUCGACGAGAAGUAGAUGGUAAAAUAGUGAGAGCCAUCAAAUGCAAAUAUAUCAACAUUAAUUUCAGAGUAAUGCAAACCCCAUUAAUCUACAGCAUAGGCGCAUAAACAUUUCACAAAUUUAAUAUUAAUGAAGAAGGUCUCCCACAAACUCUCAUUAAAAGCUUUAU